CCAAAGUAUGUGCAGUGGCUGGGCGGCACCAGCAUAUUUGACUUUUGGACUCGCCCAGACAUCAGGGAUGCUCUCAAGGGUUAUGUGAAGAGCAUAGUGCUGCGCAACAACACCAUUACAGGGGUUAGAUACCGCGACGACCCCACCAUCAUGGCCUGGGACCUCAUUAAUGAGCCCUUCAAUCCUGGCGAUGACACCGGCAAAGUCCUCACGGCCUGGGUGGAUGACAUGGCAAAUUACGUGAAGGGCCUGGACCCCAACCACUUAGUCAUGGUGAACAGCUGGGGCUACUUCGGCGCAUCCACCCCAGCCUUAGUAAGCGAGAACCCCACCGACGUCUACGCGGCGAAAUUCACCGAUACGGUUUUAUUCCCUGCCGACCGCAUCUGCCACGGGGAGGACUCCAGCGCCAUUUUGAGCCUGCCCAACAUCGACAUUGCAUCCAUGCACAUCUACCCCGAGUACUGGUCCUUCUGCACCUCGGACUGCAAGCUGAACAUCAAUGUCCAGGGGCCGCAGACGAUGACAGCAAACCUUACGGAGCAGGGAUUCCUGCAGCUGUGCAGCCCCGACUGCCGCCUUUCCUUCCUGCGCCGAUGGCUCAAUGUGCACCUGCAGGAGUGCAAGCGGAUAGGCAAGCCACUGGUUGUGGGCGAGUUUGGGUCUCAGCGGCCGAUGGCCGUGCGCAAUGGCUUCUACAAAACUCUGUACGAGGAACUCGCAAAGGCAAAAUCCAGUGGGCUGCCUGUAGCUGGGAGCCUGCUGUGGAUCCUGUCAGCGCCAGGGCACCAGGACUAUGACGGCUACACUGUGUACACAGAUGGUAACAACUUCAAGCACAACCCACAGCCGCCGCACCCGCUGCCACCAGCGCUCCCUGCCUGCAAUGCAGUGCCCAACUCGGAUUUCUACAAUGAGGCGGCAUACAGGGAGUGUGCAUCCCGGCACGUCCCUGCGCCCUUCAACAACAACGUGGACAUCUACAAUGAUGGCUGGGAGACCACCAUUGACCUCAUCAAGAAGCAGGCGGCUGACAUGGCCUCAUGACCAGCAACUUGACUUUGAAGCUUUGCAUUGUGAUGCGGAGUACUAGUGCUUUUCUGAGAGUGCUGAGCUGUGACGCCUCAUAUGUAUGCUGUGAGCAUUGUGAACUUCUGCCUCGCCCAUGGGAGCUUUUUUGAACUACCCUCUGACAUGGAAUAUUAAACACAAUUGUCUGUGAACCAGUGUGAAUUUGUCCUGCUUGAUGUGAGAAUGUGGGCGUGGAAUGAAGUGCCUGUGAACUCUCUUGCUUCGAGAUCGGAUUUCUUCAGUAGAAAAUUUUGAUAUUGUAAGCUAGGACACCAGUCCUUUUUGGUGUC